AUGACUGAACUGCCAAGGUUGCUUACCGGAAGAUCUGUACAUAGACCAGGUGCUGUCUUGUUCUCUUUUAUGGAGGACAUGGAUAAGACAAGCAACAAGAAAAAGGAGGAAAAUUUUUACGAUUUCCAGGUCCGUCAUCUUCGUGAUCGCCUUAAGCGACAGAUCACUGAACUCCUGGGCGACGAUGGAAUUCUCUUAUUUCCAUCAUGGCCAAAAACAGCGCCUUUCCAUCAUGAAACGGUGUUCACAUGCACAAACAUGGGUUACACGGGUUUAUUCAACGCACUAGCGUUUCCCGUUCUGCAAUGUCCCAUGGGUUUGGAUAAGAAAGGGUUGCCGUUAGGAGUACAGGUAAGCACAGUUGAAAGGCAAGGCGAAUUAGAAACGGGUGAGAGGAACCUAAUUUUCAAAAAUUAG